AUGGCGCGGGAGAACGCUUUAAACAGAUCUAAGCCGAAAGGAGGGAGAAAGAAGAUGAUCCUUGCGUGGAACGAAGCAAUGUGUGAUCGAUCUACUCGCAAAUCCCUCCUCCUCGCGCUCUUCCUCCUCUUGCCCGCUGCAAUCGCCGCCACUAGAUGCCGCUGCACUGCCGAUCAAUCGUGCUUCCCAAACGCCAAGCACUGGGAGCGAUUCAAUCUCACAGUGGGCGGCGCUCUCAUCCAGGUCCGCCCACCAGCGUCACCCUGCUAUGACGCCGACGGUACCGCGCAGUGCGCCACCGCGCGGGCCAAUUGGCACGACAGUGCGUGGCGCUCCACCCAAGUGGGCGCGGCCGAGCACCCAAACUGGGAGGCCUACGGCACCCAGAGCUGCCCGCUCCCGCCGAACGGUACCGCGCUGCCCUCGGCGUCAUCGUGCUCCCAGGGCUCGGUCCCCGUGCUCGCCGUCAACGUCUCCUCCAUCUCGCAGGUCCAGGCCGCGAUCCACUUCGCUCGGCAGCAUUUCUUGCGGAUCGUGGUGAAGAGCACGGGCCAUGACUACCUCGGGCGGAGCUUCGCGCGUGGAUCGCUCAGCAUUUGGACGCACAAUCUCAAGAGCAUCCAAUUCAGCGAGGAAUUCGUCGAGGAGGGCUGCGAUCCCCAUUCCAGCGGCGCCUCGGCAGUGGAGGUGGGCGCUGGCGUCCAGUGGCGCGAGCUCUACACCGCCGCCCACGCCCAAGGGAAGCUCGUCGUGGGUGCGCUUAGCUCCUCGGUGGCUACCGGCGGCGGUUACGUACAGGGCGGUGGGCACAGCCCGCUCUCCGCGGCGUACGGCCUCGCCGCCGACAACUCGCUCCAGUUCACGAUUGUGACGCCCGACGGUACCGUGCGGUACGCCAACCGGUGCGUUAACCGGGACCUUUUCUGGGCGCUACGCGGCGGCGGCGGCGGCACCUUCGGCGUGGUUACCGCGGCGGUACACCGCACGUUCCCGGCACCGAGCAACAUUCUCUCGGCGGUACACGUGCUUGCCGCCAGCGGCGUGGGGAGCUACCGCCAGCUGAUGGGCCAGUUUACCCAGCUUAGCGCCGCGCUGUACCGCCAGGGCUGGGCGGGCUACUUCGUGAUGGGCGGCACCUCGCUGACUCUCCGCUACCACGCGCUCACCCAGACCACCGCGUUCCACGACCAUAGCUUUGGAUCGUUCCUGGAGUGGAUCGCACGUCACAACGCCACGGUCCGCGCGGUGGGCGGCGGCGUGCGAUCGUAUCCCAGCUUCCUGGAGUGGUACAACGACACGAUGUGCUCGUUCUACCCGAGCGCCACCGGCGGGGGGAUUUGCAACGACGAUCUCGGCACGAAUCGAGUGCUCAUCUCCCGCCUCGUCCCCGCCAACGCAAUCGAGAGCUCCGGUGGCGAGAUCAGCGACGCGCUCGUCACGCUGUUGCAAUCCAACGCGACGAGCAACGCGAUCCUGGGCGUGGCGGUGAGCGGCGGCGCGGCGGCGGCGGUGGCUGGAGACGCAGUCGCGGUGAAUCCCGCUUGGAGGCAAGCGCUGUGGCACAUCACCGCCGAGAGCUCCUGGGAUGAAUCCUCCUUGUUCGCGAGCUCUUCCACUUCCAAUUCAUCGAGCUCGCCUAGUUCAUCCUCGCCCAGCUCGCUGGAUUCGCCGGCGAUUGGAGCGUCGAUCCGCGAGAGGAUGGAUCGGUUGACCGCCGCAAAUGCCCAGUUGAGGGAUCUCACGCCGUGCUCGGGGGCGUAUUUCAACGAGGCCGAUUAUAACGAGCCAGACUGGCAGCAAUCGCUCUUCGGGAAUAACUACCAAAGGCUGUUGACUGUGAAGACCCAGGUUGACCCUCGUGGACUGUUAGUCUGCUGGCACUGCGUGGGCAGCGAGCAUUGGUCAACAGAUUUGAAUUGCCCGGCUUUAUCUUAA